AUGCUUGUUUCAACAAGAACUACACAACAUAAACAUGAGAAUAAAUAUAACGAUGAUGAAAAUACACAAAAUCAAACAUAUAAUCGGUUGACUAAUACCAUUCAAAAUAUUCAUAAUAAUAUACAUUUGAUAGCUGAAACAACAACAACAGAACAAGCACUAAAAGAAGGUGCAGAAACAGUAUCACAAGGAAGUACAACAACUGUACAACAAGAACAAGGAAGUAGAGUAACAACACAUGGAGAUGCAACAGAAACUUUAUCUCAACCAGGUUCAGCGUCAGCAGGUGUAUCAUCAACAUCACAACCACAAGUACCAUCAGGACAAGGAGAUGGAGUGUCAUCACAGUCAGGUGGAUCAACACAAGCAGAACAAACAACACAUUCAAUUGAAACAUCAUCACAAACAAAACCAUCAGGAGCGUCAACAACGAGCUCAGAAGGAGGUGCAACAAAAGGAGGUGCAGAAGCAAUAACAACUGUACCAGCAGACACAGCACAACAGUCAACACCAACGACAUCAACAACAGGAAGUACAUCAUCAACAACACAAUCAAAACCAUCAACACCAAUAACUCCACCACAAAGUAGUUCAGCAGUAGGAAUUACCGAAACAACAACACACCUGGGAGAUACACCAUCACCAGUAACAACACAACCAGGAGCACAAACAAAACAACCUUCUGAAUCAGGUUCACAAACAUCAUCACCAACCACAUCAACUUCAACAACAACUCCAGCAACAAGUACACAAACAUCACCAUCUGUACCACAAACAUCAUCACAUCCAACAACAGACAACCCACAAACAUCACAACCACAAAGUAACACAAACCCUUCAACUAUAACACCAUCAAAAGAUAAGGAAGGUACUUCACAGAAAGAUGAUUCACAAAAAGAACAUCCACAACUAAAUCAACCACAACAAAAUGAAAAACAAGAUAAUAAAAAUACAACUACUACUGUUAAUUCACAUGAUAAAAUUAUUGUUAGUUCUGAUGAUAGUUCUGAUAUUCAUAAUAAUCUUGAUGAGACAUCAGGUGUGUUUAUGUUUUUGGCUUUUGUUAUUCAUUUGAUAUUCUUCUAA